UGCGGGUGCACCACGGUGUGGACAUGCGCACAACUAAUCGGCAAAAACGCUUGUGUGUUGUCUGUGCACAGCUCCUAUUUACGCCAGCAGCGGAAGGCAGAACACGGCCCCGUGCAGAACCAACUGAGCGGAACGUGACGGAGCAGCCGCUGGUGUUUCAAAGACGCGCUUGGAGUUCUUUUGAUGUGCGAGCUCAUCUGCACGGGUGGAUUCUCCAGGAAGCCGGUGGUUAAAGAGAGGAGGGGAGAGAAAGCUUAAAAGAGUGACCAAGGCAGGGAGCGCUAGCGUAAGCUUCAGUACGCCCUAAAAUCGGUUACCAGCAGAGGCCCCAGGAAAAUCAAGCGGCUGAGACAUGAAAGCCGGCUUUUCGUCGAGAGCAUCGUAUGAAGCUGCCGUGGAUUCCUAUUGCUCCCUCUCCGGUUUUCAUCGCAUUCACGCACGACUUGCAGGCCACGACUAAAAAGGAAGGUCUCAGUUGCUGAUAGCGUCGCAAGAGGACCAAGCGGCAAGAAAGUGAAGCUGCCAGCGAGGACUUACACUCGCCGAGGAAGUCAAAAUCUGUUCUUCGGCAGCGCAGCCCCUCGUCAUUAUUGUGGCCCAUCUCGAUGGUGAUGGGGCGAGACCGACACCCAUGCUGGGCAACAGCGCCGACGUUACCACGCUGUCGUCCGAACUCGACGCGCUCUCCGACAAUGCGACGGCGCCGGAAGCGCCGGUCACCGCCGAAGAUCUGUUCGGCCCGCUUUACGCCAAGACGCUGCGGAUCGCGCUGCUCAGCGUCAUGCUCGCGCUGUCGCUCCUGGGCAACUCGAUCGUGUGUCACAGGCUCCUGACGUCACGGCGACACCGCAUGUUCAAGGCACAGGUGCUCUUCCUGAACCUAGCCUUCGCCGACCUUCUCGUCACUCUGGUGACCAUGAGCUCGCAGUUGGUGUGGGAGGUCGUGGGCCGCGUCUGGGUCGCUGGAGACGCCGCGUGCCGCCUGUUCAAGGUGCUGCAGACGUUCGCGCUGGUCUCCUCCACCUACAUGCUGGUCGGCAUCGCGGUGGACCGCCACUGCGCCAUCUGCAAGCCGCUGGCGCCGGCGCCCAAGCCUCGCGCGUUGGUCGCAGCCUGCUGGCUUCUGUCGCUCGUUCCGUCCCUGCCCAACAUGUUCAUGUUCCGGCUCGUCGUGAUCCGGGACGAGUGCUACUGUGCCUCAGUGUUCUACAUCUACCAGGACUCCGUGGUCUCGCGCCAGGCCUACAUGGCGUUCGUCUUCACGCUUGUGUUCAUAUUGCCACUGGUGGCCCUAGUGACACUGUACUCGUGCAUUCUGUAUAGGAUGUGGAAGAUGAGCAGCACCGCCACAUCCCGGCAGCCAGGGGACGCUGUUUCGUCGUCCUGUGAGCGUGCCGAAAGCGCAAGGACCACUCUGCCCAAGGCGCGCCUGCGAACUCUUAAGAUGGCGAUAAUUAUAUUUGUGGCGUUUAUCGUGACGAACCUUCCGUACAUGGUGCAGGAAAUGUUGCUGGCCUUCACGCAGAACGUCUCGCUCGGGCCCCACGUGGUUGCCGUGUUCGGCGUCGUCUCAGCUUCGAACAGCGCCGUCAACCCGUACGUCUUUCUGGCCUUCAACGGCGGCGCCGCGGUUUUCGGGUGCGACGCCCAUGUGCGCGUCCUGUGGCGCCGCCUGGCGUGCUCUUCGGGCUCGAGGCGCACCACUGCCACUUUUCGCACCGCUUGGUCGACUUUGCAGACUCGCAACAGGAGGCGCUCGCCCACGGUGAAAAUGUUUCCUUCUCCCGACAACCUCGAGUGCGGCGAAGCGCAGAAGAAAGACCUAGAAAAAGACAGACUGCCAUCACUGGGAGACUGCCUUUAGCUGCACGUUGGUAGUAUUUAUGCCAUUUUAUUUCUUGGGACGAGUUGCAGGCAUAGCAGGCAGUUAUGGCGCCUCCUGUUGCGAACUUGACUGCUCGUGGACACAUCGUCAAGUGCAUCUCUUAUUGUGGUAUUGAGAGCACCAGCGGGCCAACAUGCACAUUUAUUGCGUAAUGAGAUGUUAAUAGCAGGUAUUGUGAGCGAUAUUCAACCUUACUCCGCAAUCUUGCUAGUUAUCGCAAGAUUUCCAUGCUAGUUAUCACGUUGGCUGUGAAUUUGCAAGCACAAAGAUCAAAGGUGAAGCUUUAAAAGAACUGUAUCUGGCUGACAAGAAAUGCGUGAACGAAAUUUAAUGAGGUUCUGCAAAUUUUUCGUUUACAGUUCCAAAUAAUUCGCGGCUUCGCAUUUCAUUCAAAUUUUGAUCUGUAACAUCUAUCGAUAUAAUAUUGUUUAGAGCUUAUGCUAAUGGUCCAACAAGAUAGAUAUCGGAACUAUUUCUGUGAUUUCUCUAUAGCUAAGUCCCAAGAAUACAACGUCGCUGACAAAAUCUCGAGAUAUAAUGUCGAAAGACACAAAUAUCAGCUGUCUGGGCAAGUUCGGAGAUCCACAGCAAAUUUUUCAGUGCUGUAUUUUGCCUGUAGCAAGUCAAUAAGAUGAAGGGGCGUCAGUAGAAUCCACGUAACGACAUGAAAGUCGGUGGCUCAGAGCCUGAAACGUAAACCAGAGUCACGUGUUUCUCAGACGAUAGUAUGUAGUUUUUAUACUACACCAAUGCCAACAUCACCAGACUCAAAGCUCCGUAUCUGGAGGUUAAAAUUUAACUUAAUUAAACUAUGUGGUUUUACGUCGCAAGAGCACGAUCUGAAAAUGAGGCACGCCAUAGUCAGGGACUCCGGAAUAAUUUGGACCAGCUGGGGUUCUUUAACGUGCACCUAAAUGUAAGUAUGCCACGGGUGUUUUUGCAUUUUACCUCCAUCAAAAUGUGGCCGCCGCGGCCGGGAUUCGAUCCCGCGGCCUCGUGGUGUCUGGAAGUGGCUGCCUACUCGCCACCUUGUUUUUCUGAGCAACAGUGCCACAUGGUGGUAGUGCUUGUAGCCAAUGUAGUAAGGUAUCAAUUUGGGCUAGUUGGAAUAUGUGCAUAAAUUAAAU